UAUACUCGAGUUUGUUUACAUCGUUUAUCAAAAUUUCAGGCGAACUUGGAUCAUGGUUGUAGUCUUGUGGCAGAAUUGGGGAGAACAUGUGGGGCGACAGUUACCACAUUUUUUGGCUGGAGCCACACUCACAGACGUGACCAUCACUGUGGGACCCCGUAGCAUCAAAGCUCAUCGGAUAAUAUUAGCCUUUUUUAGUCCAUUUUUCAAAAAAAUGUUGGAAGAAGUCAGCGAAGAGCGGCCCAUGGUGGUCGUGUUUCCUGGAGUCAACUUUGAUGCUUUGCAGGUCAUUGUUGCCUACAUGUACCGUGGCCAGGUUAAUGUUCCAGCAGAGCUUCUACCCCAUGUUAUUGAGCUUGCUAAGAUGCUGAAAGUGAAAGGUCUUAUUGAAUUACCUGCUCAGCUGGACACUGUCAUUGCAGGGUCUGGAGGAAAAGUUGCAGCUGCACAUGAAGCUGUGAAUCAAGAGCACCUGGACAUGCACCAUGAAGAUGAAGGGUUAGUUGAGUUUGAAGUAACUGCUGCAGAACAUGAGCCAACAGUCACUAGUAAUACACAGCAGCAGUCAGUCAACACCCACAACCCCAUCACAGUGAUGACCCAGAAUUCAGCCGAUGUUCAGCCUGUAUCUACCAUUCAGAUUCAGCACUCAGAACACACGGAAUCAGAGAAGAUGGAGGCUGCAGUUGCUAGGAGAGUGGAAAUUGCAAAGGGUGAGGUUGAAGAUGAAGAUGAACACGUGCUCAUUCAGCCAGAAGACAUUCAGUUGUCUACAGUUGAUGAUCUGACUCACACGCAGAUAGUUAAGCUGAGUGAGAAUGGAACUGUGGGUGAGGUGCUGUUCAGUGGUGACUACAUCCAUAGUGAGAGAGCUGGAGAUGAUCACCAUGCUUCUGCAGAUGAUUCAAUGUGUUUACAGGAAGGGCAAGAUUAUUCUGCAUCGAAAAAGAGGCGGAAAGUGAUAUACAAGUUAGCAAGAUAUGGGCCAGAAGAUCUUCAAAGAGCAAUAGAAGAUGUGCGUUCAGGCAUGGGAACACUGCGUGAGAUUGCUGAGCGAUAUGGCGUUCCACAUUCCACUCUCUCUGUAAAUGCACGGAUGGCAGGAAUUUCAGUUCAGCAACGAAACCUGGAUUAUGAUAAUGAGACGCUAGAAGCAGCCAAGCAGGCAGUAAAAGGAGGGUCAAGCUACAUGAAAGUUGCUCGUGAGUACAACAUCCCUAAAUCAGUGCUUUGGAGACGAUGUCAGAGAGAGGGUGUGCUGAGAGGAGAAGCCCGUCGCUGCUACAACUAUUCCCCAGACGACAUAGACCAAGCAAGGCAAAUGCUGCUUGGUGGACGGCCACUCUCCACCAUUGUCAAAGAUACAAAGAUUCCAAAGACAACUUUGUUUCGCAUCAAAGAACAACUAGUAAGAGAGGGAAAGAUGCCAGCUUCGUGUAUCAACCGUUCCAUCCGUCCUCGAAGACCCUCAGAAAAUUCCCUGCAACAAGCCAUCACAGCAUGCAAGGAAGAAGGCAUGUCUCAGGGCAGAGCAUCUGAAAAAUUUCAAGUCUCAAAGACAACAGUGUGGCGCCGUUUGAAGAGAAUGAAGCACCUAGACCCAGACCAAAGAAAUAAUGAGAAUGAGAUAGACAGACAGAAUGUAAAGAUUGAGGUUGUUGAUAAUAUCACAGGCGAUCAUCUCCCCGAUACUUAUGAUGAAGGAAUCACAAUGAGAUAUGCUGAAGAUGGAGACUUACGUUAUGUUGACACCAUAGACGGGCAGAACUCUGAGGAAAGAACACUUGAUUGUGCGACUGUGAGUGCUAAAUAUGGAAACUUGAGUGGUACUGAAAAAUUGCUUCAAAAUAAAGAUGCUGGUCAGUCAAAGAUGGGGACAGAAAAGCACGUUUCUUAUGAAGUUGUACCUGAAUCUUCUAUAGUACAAAGUGAGGGCCAGAAUAUUGUUAUAGCCAGUUCCCAGUCUUCCUUUAUUGACAGUAAACAUCUUGGGAUAUUUACAAGUGAGGGACACAUGAUUCCUACUGGAGAGCAAUUAACUAUUACCCAAGAUAAUAAGGUGGUUCCAGCAACAGAAGGAUCAAGAGAAAAUGCAGGGAAUACCCAGUUUGAAUUAGAAAUGCCUUUGAUGAAUCUCCCGGGUGGAGGAUACCAGGUUGUUGGGAGUGAGAUUGUUAUAGGGGGCCAGCAGAUGGUUGUCUUGGAGCCGUCUGGAUCUAAUCCUCAUCACCCAACGAACAGUGACCACCAUCUGGUUGUUGCUUCAUUCAGUCAGAUGGAUGGCUUGGACGAACUGUCAAAGGUCGAGAGGACAGUUAGUGUUGAAAACCUCGAAACGGAGAACCAGCAAGUUGAAGAUAUGAAGCAAGACGGCUCAAGAUCACAACAAAACUCCGACUAGUGAUAUUCAUUCCUAAGUUGUGAGUUGAAAUAGAAUGUAUGCAAAGGUCUACAAAUAGGCUCUUUGUGUUUCAUAUGAUAACUGUAUUGAGGUACUUUUUAUGAGAAGAAAAUUCAUAUUAUUAUUAUUAUUAUUGUUAUUAUUUUUUAUUUUUU